UGCGGGUCCAAUUUGCACGUACACUGACGCAAGAACCCGAAGAUCAGGCGGCGGCGGCGGCGGUGGGGCGGACACCAGAUGUUGAGCUGCAUGGACAGGGAGCAGUCAGGGCUCUGCGCCUCCCAAAGGAAGCAUUGUCCGUGGUGAGCGAAGAUCAGUCCCUGUUCGAGUGCGCCUACGGAACCCCGCAGCACCCCAAGGCGGAGAUGACGGCGUCGUCCGCCAGUGAAUAUGGCCAGACAGCGAAAAUGAGCCCACGCGUCCACCAGCAGGAGUGGCUGUCGCAGCCGCCCUCUCGAGUGACCAUCAAGAUGGAGUGCAACGCCAGCCAGGUCAAUGGCUCCAGGAACUCUCCGGACGACUGCAGCGCAGGGAAGGGUGGGAAGCUCGCCGAUGGUGUUCCCAUGACCUACAGUGGCUACAUGGAGGACAAGCACAUCGCCCCCCCCAACAUGACAACCAAUGAGCGCCGGGUCAUUGUGCCCGCAGACCCCACAUUGUGGACGACGGAGCAUGUCCGCCAGUGGCUGGAGUGGGCAAUCAAGGAGUACACCCUCCUAGACGUGGACAUCUCCCUCUUCCAGAGCGUCGAUGGCAAGGAGCUCUGCAAGAUGAGCAAGGAGGACUUCCAGCGGCUCACCUCUAGCUACAACACGGACAUCCUGCUGUCUCACCUCCACUACCUCAGAGAGACUCCACUUCCUCACUUGACUUCAGAUGAUGUUGACAAAGCCUUGCAAAAUUCCCCGCGGUUAAUGCAUGCCCGCAAUACAGCAGGGGGCGCCAGCUUCAUUUUCCCCAAUACAUCCGCGUACCCUGAUUCCACCUCCAGAGUGUCAGGCCGGCCAGACUUAGCUUAUGAAGCAGCAAGAAGGUCAGGAUGGACAGCACAAGCCGUGUCUUCUUCCAAAGUAUCCCAGCCCUCGCCCAGUAUCGUCACUAAAACUGAGGAGCAAAGACCACAGCUAGACCCCUACCAGAUUCUGGGGCCAACCAGCAGUCGACUUGCAAACCCAGGGAGCGGGCAAAUCCAGCUGUGGCAGUUCCUUCUUGAGCUCUUGUCGGACAGCUCGAACUCCAGCUGUAUCACCUGGGAGGGCACGAACGGCGAGUUCAAGAUGACCGACCCGGAUGAGGUGGCUCGACGUUGGGGCGAGCGCAAGAGCAAGCCCAACAUGAACUAUGACAAGCUGAGCCGUGCACUGCGCUACUACUAUGACAAGAACAUCAUGACCAAGGUGCAUGGCAAGCGCUAUGCCUACAAGUUCGACUUCCACGGCAUUGCCCAGGCAUUGCAGCCUCAUCCGCCCGAGGCCUCCAUGUAUAAAUACCCAUCAGAUCUUUCCUACGUCAGCUCGUACCAUGCACACCAGCAGAAGAUGAACUUUGUGGCACCUCACCCUCAGACCCUCCCCGUCACCUCCUCCGGGUUCUUCGCCGCUCCCAGCCCUUACUGGAACUCCCCCACGGGGGGCAUCUACCCAAAUGCCCGGCACCCGGCAUCCCACAUGCCCUCUCACUUGGGCACCUACUACUAGGCCUCUUGA